AUGACCCCGUAUCUUAGUCUCUGGAAGACUCCUCAGAAGAUCAUUUUCGACUUGCCCAACCUCAUCGUGACCUGCCAUCCCCGAAUCCUUCACUCGGAGACUUCGGAGUGGGGGCCAAAACGGCUAACGCGCCGCCAAGACGACAGGUUUACGGGGCCCUUCAACUGCACCCUGACCGCAACCUUUUUCAAAAGCGACGUCGAAACCGACAGUGCACCCCCGGCUGACCUCAUCAUCCCCAUCUCAUCACGGAACGCGUCCUCCAACACAGGCAGUGCCUGGCAAGUGCCUGAACGUGAAGCCGUGAGCACUGUCAAAUUUCCACGCAAUGCCAAUCGAGCAGUCUUCUCCGUCUCGGCCAAUGGCCAAGGAACCGAGGAAUUUUGGUGGAGCAAUGUACUUCAGAGCGAUGCUGCAGCUUUCAAUGCCACCAUCGGUAUGGCUCCGGAUGGUAGCCCGUGGCGUGAGGUGCAAGUUAUCAUUGAUGACCAGCUAGCCGGGGUUCAAUGGCCGUUCCCUGUUAUUUUCACUGGAGGCGUGGUUCCCAGUUUCCAUCGCCCGCUUGUAGGCCUUGAUGCCUACGAUUUACGGGAACACGAGAUCGACAUUUCGCCAUGGCUCCCGGUUCUGAGUGAUGGCAAGGAGCACACAUUCAAGAUCAAAGUCGCCGGCCUCGCGGAUGACGGACAAAAAACGAUUGUGAAUACGACUGUUGGCAACUUCUGGGUCGUGUCUGGCAAAGUUUUCCUAUGGCUGGACGAAGAGGGCUCCAUUACGACCGGGAAACCGCCCACCGUAUCAAUCUCGGACCCUGAUAUCAAAAUCACUGGUCGGGCCCUAGGAAAGAACUCUACAGGCGCCAACGAAACUCUUGCAUUCAAUCUGGAUGUGACGAGGAUGAUCUCUGUCAAAGGCGAAGUAGUCUCCAAGAAAGGGACCAAAAAUCCUGAAUGGACUCAAAAGCUAUCGUAUACCAACAAUGCGACGCUAGGCCAAUUUGGUCGCAAUGGCUUCAAUAACUUCAUCAUCACCGGGACAGACGAACUGACGGGGAUGGGCACAUACAAGUCAACAUAUUCGUACCCGCUGAUCGUCAAUCAAACUGCCAACAUGUCAGCAAAUGGUGAUCUGAGCCUGGACGCAACACUAUUCCAAGAAUUGAGGUUGGAAGUCGAAGGUGUCGGUGUUUACCCGACCGGGCUUGAGGCUUACAAUAACCCAACCCGCAACAGGCAGGGACAAAGCAGCCAGUACAAGACUUCCAAACUCACAACGUUCCGGAACGGAACGGCAGUCUUCAACAUGCCGGCAGAUAUGAAGAGCAGCUCAGCAUUUGGCACUACUCGGCAGGUGUUCCGGUUCAGCGGCGGUCGAGACGGUGCACGUGACGUGGAGCUAUACACAAGGAGAGUGAGAGCAAGCAACAACACGGUGCUCUCUGACGAAGAGAAGUCCGCCGAUGGGCGUGAGAAGGUUUUGACCGCCUCAAACCCUUUAGGAGAAGCCAAUUAA